AAACCCGAAGAGACGGAAACAGAAGAAGAGGACAAGGAAAAAGAAAGGCAGCUCGGUAGCUUUAAGCUAAGUCAACAAAACUCAUUUGACAGCCUAAGAGAGAGAAACCAUGUUUGAAAAUUUUAGAGGAAAACUGCACACGGUCCAGCAAGAUUUCUCAUCUAGCUUCAAGACCCUUGGAGACAUAUCAAGAGAGACCAAACUAAAGAAGAGAUCCAGGUUUGAAGAAAGUUCUCCUCAUUUUAGUGCUGGGCUGGAAAUCUUAAGCAGGUAUGAGAAGAGCUGGUUUAUGCUCCAUAAAAGAACCAAGGACUGUGCCCAGGCAGCAGAGUCUGUUGAUGGGGAUAUAGUGAUGCUCUCAGCCCUCUGGGAGAAGAGAAAAGCUGCUCUGACACAACUACAGGAACAGCUGCGAUGCUUACCAGACUUUAUCCGAGAACUUGAUGCCAUCACUGCAAACAUAGCUCAUUUGGAAGGCGACUUUGAAGAGAUGGAGAGCAAACUAGUUUACCUGGAGACUCUAUGCUGUCAGUGUGAACAACAAACUGUUAAAACACACCAUAUGACUGAACUGGACGCCUACAAGAAAAAGAAAAGGAAGGAAGUUGAGUUACUGGAAG